UCAUGUUUUUAUUCAACAAACAAUCCUUGAGGCCAAGGAGUUGGCCUUGUCUAAGGGGUCACAGUGAAGAAGAGGCGGAAUGAAGGAGGGUUCCCAGGUCUCCUGCCCCACUGCUACCAGCUCUGCCUUUCUGGGCCUGAGCUUCAGCAGCCAUGUUAAUUCCUGAGUCCAUAAGGUCCUGGGGGUACUAGGGGUCUUGUCUGAGGACAUAAGGGUCUAAAACACUUUUCCAUGUGUCUGGACCAGUCCGGUCUUCGCAGCAACCAGAGGUUUGAUAUGGACUCCUGGGAGCAGCCAGCGCUCAUUGCCUGACCUGGGAAGCCAUGUGGUGUCUGGGAGUCCGGUAUUGUUCUUCCUCCCGAAGUCAUAGAUACGGUGCAAAGUCAUGGACCACUUCUUCCCUGAACCCAGAGUCCUGCUCAUCCUGGACAGGGAAGGAGGGGAAGCGCUUCUCUCAGAGGAUGCUGGCGUAUGGGAGUUGGGGGCAUGGUACCGAGACCGGAUUUGUGGUCUAGGAAUUAGCAAUUACUUGUGCUUAGAUUUCCACGUGACCAUGAGGCCAAACUGGGGUUUUCUCUAUUGGGGUUGUGAAUCGGGAAUCUAGUCCCUUCCUUCCUGCAGUUAGGUCAAUUUCCCCUCUGGCUUCCCCCAUUACUUUCUUUGCCAGGCUGUCUUUCUGACAAGACCCCAAAGGAAAAUCUUGCCACACCUUAUGGGAGAGGCCAGAGACAAGCAAUGCAGUGAAUUCUGGAGGCUGAAAAGCCGAGGAAAGGUCUUUUGGUUUUCAGACUUGGAUGUGAAUUCCAGACUCACCCCCAUCUGGCUGUGGGUAAGCAGUGCAGCACUUUAAGACGUAGUAGCUCUGGGUGUUAAAUGGCGCUGCCAGUUUUGGAGGGAAACGAUUCAGGAGGCCUAGGUCGUUAGCAAUUCCCCAGGCGAGACAAACAGGCUCAGUCCACGAAGCUUGAACAAAGCUCCACCCCGGGCCUGGGAACCCUGGUCUCCUCUGGCUCAUUGUCCCUGGGCCCAGCUCCGCGCUGACCGCAGGCUCGGCCCUAGCCCGUGACCCGCGCGUCUCCCCCGGCAACACGCCGCCACCCGGAUGCAGCCAGCAGGCUGGGCGGCCGUCAGGGAGGCGGUGGGCCGCGACAUGCUGGCCGCUGACCUCCGUUGCAGCCUCUUCGCCUCGGCGCUGCAGAGCUACAAGCGCGACUCGGUGCUGCGGCCCUUCCCUACGUCCUAUGCCCACCACGACUGCAAGGACUUUGAGGCCCUGCUUGCAGAUGCCAGCAAGCUACCCAACCUGAAAGAACUUCUCCAGUCCUCCGGAGACAAAGACAAACGUGCCAGGGAUCUGGUGAGCUGGAUUUUAUCCUCAAAGGUCCUGACAAUCCACAGUGCAGGGAAGUCAGAGUUCGAAAAGAUCCAAAAGCUGACCGGUGCCCCUCACACGCCUGUCCCCGUGCCGGACUUCCUGUUUGAAAUUGAGUACUCCAACCCAGCGAACGCCAAAUUUUAUGAGACCAAAGGAGAACGAGACCUAAUCUACGCCUUCCACGGGAGCCGCCUCGAAAACUUCCAUUCCAUCAUCCACAAUGGGCUGCAUUGCCACCUGAACAAGACAUCCUUGUUUGGGGAAGGGACCUACCUCACCAGUGACUUGAGCCUGGCCCUCAUUUAUAGCCCCCAUGGCCUUGGAUGGCAGCGCAGCCUCCUUGGCCCCAUCCUCAGCUGUGUGGCUGUGUGUGAAGUCAUUGAUCAUCCAGAUGUCAAGUGCCAAAUGAAGAAGAAGGAUUCUAAGGAGAUAGAUCGCAGGAGAGCAAGAAUCAAACAUAGUGAAGGCGGAGACAUCCCUCCAAAGUACUUUGUGGUCACCAAUAACCAGCUCCUGCGAGUGAAGUACCUGCUGGUGUACUCCCAGAAGCAGCCCAAGAGCAGGGCUUCAAGCCAGCUGUCCUGGUUUUCCAGCCAUUGGUUUACGGUCAUGAUAUCCCUGUAUCUGCUGCUGCUGCUCAUUGUGAGUGCCAUCAACUCCUCAGCUUUCCAACACUUCUGGAAUCGUGCAAAGAGAUAAUCUCUCUGGUGUGGGGGCCACCUCAACCAUGUGCCUUAUGACAACCUGUUCUGUACCUCCCAUGCGCCGUGUCCAACCAGGUGGAGCCUGGGGGCCAGUUGGGGACCACAGGACAAUUUUCAUAUGCCAUAAAUGUAUUGAUUGCCUUUGAUGAUGCUCUGAGCCACACUCCGCUCAGUGGGGACCACGCGUCUCUCGCUCUGGGGCUUCAGGGGAGUCCUCCUGUCUGCUCCUUCCUAAACAGUCCUAGGGAGUUGGUUUUUCUGCCAGGGCCAAAGGAAAAAGUCCUGCUGCAUUUAAAAACAAAGUGUCCAAGCUGUCAGUGGGGUGUUUACAGUCACUCCUGGCAGACGUUGGCCCUUUCUCUAAUGCCUUCUGGAAGGCAGAAUAUGUGUAGUGGGGACUAUAAAUCACUAGGCGGUUGCCUUGUUUUGACCUGAGACACCCAAGAGGAACAGUCAUGUUUCUCAUAAAAAUUGGUGGGAUCGUUUUGAAUUCCAUCAGCCUUUGUAUGUGAGUGCAAAACCUUUUCACAGUUUUCUCAGAUCAACAAACAGCCUUCUGCUACAGCUGUAACCCCCCUGCCCCAACCAUGGACAAGCAAGGAAGGAGCCAGAGACCUGAUAAAAAAGACAAAUUUAACAGCAACUCAAGUCUUUUUCUAAAAAUUACCAACUGCUGAUUGUAGUUGAAAUGGAAACACAUGUUUGUUUUCUGUUUUGUUUUGCUUUUUAAAGUAGCUAUUUGACAAAUUCAUCUUUGGGAGCUGAGUAAAAGGAGAAGAUUUCGAGAGCACUCUUUGGUCAGUGCCCAUAGUCUCUUUCCUGGCCAUGUGUUAGAGAAAGGGAUUUGAGUUGCAGGCCUGCCACCUGUUCUUGUUCUCACGAAGCUGCCUUGAUUGUGGCCUCCCAGCCACAAGUGCCACACUGCAGGACCUCAGGACAUGGGCCUGCCUCAGUCUGCCGCCAGUGUGCAUGGACAAGCCUCCCUUGGAGGGCUCACAGGUCGUCGGGACCCAACCUGGGCUUUAAAAGUGGGGAGGAAGCCUCUGGCUGCUCAGGGAGCUGCAGAUCUCCUUGCUCUGUUCUCUGUCCUUCCUUCCUGCCCUGUUUCAGCCAUCAUGGAGCCCCAUCUGAUUUGAGGGGUAGAUCUCUAUAAAGAAGGUAGAAAGUCAUUUUUCUAUAAUCUGUGAAGUUGUGAACAAGCCACUAUCAUGGUUUUUACAUUGAAUAUUGGAAGAUUUCAGAGAUAAUAAAGGUAUUUUCCUAAUUA